AUGUAAAUUUAAAAAAGAAUGAUACUUAAGACAGAUUCUGAUUUCUAAAUAAUCAAAUCAUAACAAUCACAUAUAUCAAGUUCUAAACCAAUUAAAUUGCCUCUUAUUUAAUUAUCCCCUGCUCCAUAAAAGAAAAAUAAUCUAUCAUUGCAUAAACAUCUAAAUAAAGCACCUCCAGAUGAAGCAUCUUUAUAAAGCUUAUAAACCUUUAGAGGACGAAGUGUCACUUUAAACAGAAAAAAUCUAUCACAAUUAAUUGUAUUGCAUAAAAUUAUUCAAGUAACCCAUCCCAUUGUAAGCAUUAUCAAAAUAACUUUUUGUACAUUAAUAAAAAUUUUAAGAUUCGUUCUAAAAAACAUAAUAAGAAAUAUAAUAUAGUAGACAGAAAUAAAUUUAUACAGAAAAAAAUUACAUAGAUAACAAUUAAAAAAAAAUACAUGAAGCUUUAUAUUCAUUUAAUGAACACAAACCAUAAUUAAAAGUUGAAUAAUCAUUUUCAAAAAAAUAUAAUCUCUAGCAAGAGUAAUCUUAUAAGAAAUAAUCAUUUUAAUGCUAUUAAAAAAUAAUCCCAAAAUAUCAUACAGAAUAUACUAAACAACUGCUUAUGUAAUUUCCUAAAUUGUUAGAAAUUAGCAAUCACCAAUAUUAAGAUUAAUAAUAAAAAUGCUAAACUGAUUAUGAAAGAGUCUUAAAUAUGAGUGGUAAGAAUGUUAUUUAAUGAUGAUAGAAAUAUAAGAAAUGAACGAAGAUGGCCUAUCUUCAAUUGCCUAAAGUACAUUUUAUAAUAAAGUCUGUUGA